AUGGCCAGCACGAAAACUGUCAUUAUUCUUGGUGCAGGAUGGGCAGGCCUACCACUUGCCCAUAAGCUACUCAAAUACACAUCUUUGAAGACGAGCCUCAAAGUCAUUCUGAUAUCUCCAAACAGCCAUUUCUUUUGGAACGUGGCAGCAACUAGGGCUCUUAUUCCUGGAAUGAUACCAGACGAAUCUAUCUUUAUUCCAAUUGCAACUGGAUUCAGGCAUUAUUCGGCCGACACAUUCGAAUUCAUUCUCGGCAGAGCUACCGGCAUCCAAUCAUCCUCGAAUUCAGUUGCUGUUCUUGCCAAUAACGGCGAGAGUCGCAUCUUUCAUUAUCAUCACCUAGUAAUUGCAACUGGCUCUAGCAUGGCCAGCGGAUUACCUCUAAAGCCAAUUGGCACGCAUGAAGAGAUGCUCACGGCAUGGCAUGAUCUGCAAGCAAAAGUCAACGAUGCCAAAGACAUUAUUGUGGCUGGUGCAGGCCCAACUGGUGUCGAAGUGGCGGGGGAAUUAGCUGCCAAAUUUGGAAAGCUGAAAAAGAUAACGCUCAUCAUGCAUGGCGAUGUUCCAUUGGAAAGUUCCGGAGACCUGCUCUCUUCUGUUCAGACAACUCUGGACACGGAUUUGCAGAAGCUCGGUGUCAAGCUAAUCCGCAAAACACGUGUAGAAGCCGUUAAUGUUAGCAGUGAUGGCAAGACACAGAUUUUGAGUUUGGGUAAUGGAUCGACGCUUGCCACUGACUUGUAUCUUCCAAUGCAUGGCAUUCAACUGAACAACAGCUUCGUUACCGACAGCUUUCUAGACUCUCGCGGCAACGUGGAUCUCAAUGGCAUGAUGCGCGUGGUUGGCACAGAGAACAUUUGGGCCAUUGGUGACGUGAGCAACGCUGGACCAAAGCAGCUUACAGUCACGGAUAACCAGAUAAAUUACUUGGCUAGCGCAUUGGAUGCUGCCUUGACAGGUAACGGCCCUGACGUACCCUACAAGCCCAUAAACAAGACGAUGAUCUUUCUCUCGCUAGGAAAGAAGUACGCGACGGGACAGAUUGGCAACUGGAGAUUGUGGGGAGUAUUGGUUUCAUACGUCAAAGGUAGAAACUUGUUCAUUGAUUCUGCAAAUGGUUAUGUUGGCGGAAAGCAUCUCAGACAUGCUCCAAUGUAG